CGGAAGUGACGCACGCAGGGGAGCCGGACCGGAAGCAACGCGAGGCGGCUGCCAGGCGGUGGAGCGCACCCGCUGAGGCGUCUCUCCUCUCUCUCUCUUUUCUCGGCCAGGCUUUGCUCCGCCGCCGUCCCCGCGCCAGAGCCAUGUCGGCGCCCGGAGGAGCCGGCGGAGAAUUCGGCAACCCGCUGCGCAAGUUCAAGCUGGUUUUCCUCGGCGAGCAAAGCGUUGGAAAAACCUCCUUAAUCACUAGAUUUAUGUAUGACAGUUUUGACAACACUUAUCAGGCCACCAUUGGAAUUGAUUUCCUUUCAAAGACUAUGUAUUUAGAAGACCGCACGCAGGUCCGACUUCAGCUUUGGGACACAGCAGGCCAGGAACGGUUCCGUAGCCUCAUUCCCAGCUACAUACGUGACUCAACAAUUGCAGUGGUAGUCUAUGACAUUACAAAUCUGAAUUCCUUCCAGCAAACCUCCAAAUGGAUCGACGAUGUGCGAACAGAAAGGGGAAGUGAUGUCAUCAUCAUGCUGGUGGGCAAUAAAACUGACCUUGCAGAUAAAAGGCAGAUUACUACAGAAGAAGGUGAACAGAGAGCCAAAGAACUAAGCGUGAUGUUCAUUGAGACUAGCGCGAAGACGGGCUACAACGUGAAGCAGCUUUUCCGCCGUGUUGCUGCUGCCUUACCUGGGAUGGACAGCGCUCCCGAGAAGAGCAAAGAUGACAUGAUUGACAUCAAACUAGAGAAACCUCCUGAGCAGCCUGUGACGGAGAACGGCUGUUCUUGUUAAAUGUUCUCCAGCGUGGCAGCCCCCCCUUCCCAGUUAGCCAGUUCAGUCUCUCACCGAAGAGCUCCACUUCUUACUGACUACCAAAACACGACUGUUCCAAGGGCCGAAAAGGCCACUUUAAUAGGCGAUUGGAGUCAUCCCGUCUCCUCCCCCCCCCUCUCCCCACGUCGUGUGGACCAGCCCCAGUUGCUCCCGUUUACUGCAUGGUGUGAACCCUCCAAUGCCUCUUGCCCUUCGUUGGUUGUUGCACUUUGGUGCUGCUGCGGCACUCUUCUUUGCUAGGUUUUCCUUGCUGGGUUGUCCUAUGAAUGUGCAAGGGAGGAACUUUGUCCAUCUUUAAAAAAAUAAUAAUAAUACUGGUAAACUUACCAUAAAGGAGCUCAUGCAUUCUUCCCUUCUCCACCUCCCCCCACUUUUUCUUUUUUUAAAAAAAAACACCUUUCUACCGCUGUUUUUUUAUUCAUUUGCAAAUCCUCUUGAUUUAACUAAGUCUUCGUUGAUAGCAAGAAGAAACGUGUCAUCCUACUUAACGUUUCUGUUGUUGUUUCCUCACGGAUGGUGCUAAGGAAGAGGGGAACCCCUCAGAGAGGAUUGACACACGUUCUUCUCUCUCUUUCCAGAUUACCUUAAGUAUCUUUUUAUCCCAAAUGGACUGAUUUAUCCCUCCACCCCACCCCCCUCGUCCAUUGCUGGAUAUGUACAGAGAUGGUAGGCAGAAAUGGACCGGUGGGGGGAAGGGUCCUGAGCCUUUAUGUGGGAAACCUGGUUCCUGCAUAGUGCUGAGUUGGGGAGUUUCCAAAAUGGAUGCGUAUUCUCCAGCAGUUUAUUCCACCUUGCUCUCUUCCCUUCUCUUAAUACUCUCAGGAAAAAAAAAAAUCUUCUUCUUCGUGAGUUUCUGAAGUAGAGGGUAGCUGGAUUAAACAAGAGACUUCCCUAGGCUCAGACCAAUGCCAGGAGCUGCUAUUUUUACAUAAUUUAUCACUCAUGACUUAUUUGAAAUAUGCAAAGUGCUUUACAACGGCCUCCACUUUUUGCUUCGUUCCUUGGUUUGUCAUUUUGAAUUAUGUGUCUCUACAUCAGUCUGCUCCAACCUGCAGAUGCGCCGAACUACUCUCUUCUAUAUUUCCUAGGCACUAAGGCCCAGGAUUUGCAAAUUUGGAAAGUGUUAGGUUGGGGAAGAGUUCCCAUAGACGGCUAUAAGAGUCCUGCUGAGUCCUUGUCUCACUGUUGGAAGGUCCUCAUUUUGAAUUCUAGGUCUUUAGUCCACUCCUUUACCCUGGCCUUCAAAACCUAGAUAUCUAGUUAAACAUGGAGUUGUUUUUAUUUCAUGUACAGUGGAAGAAAUGCUAAUCCUUGUCAGAUGUCUGCUGGUUCUACAAAGAAUAUUGUACGUAUUUAAAAGAAAAAAAAACUAGAAGUUUGCAUAGAUUUCUUAAGCUUCUGAUUUAGCACAGAAUUUAUUUUCAGGUAUUUGCUCUUUGACUGAAUGCAAGUUGCACUAGCAUGCAAACUAACAUGGGAAGACAGGUAGAAGAUGGCAUGAACUGGAUAAUAUUUUCUGAUGAUAUUUGAAUAACAUGUUUUGUUUGUCUCCGUGUGAUUGUCCUCCCGUAGAUCAGCCUUCCUGAAUUACAGCUCUUGAGUUCCUAAUCUACGUGGCUACUGGCAGUAUAGGCCAGUAUUUCCUAACCUUGAGAAGUUUAAGAUGUUUGGACUUCAACUCCCAGAAUUCUGGGUGCUGAAGUCCACACAUCUUAAAUUUGCUGAGCUUGAGAAUAGGCUGAAGAUUGCUGGGAUUUGUCAUUUGAAACAAAAGAUUAUGGGAGUUGUGAUCUGACCCAUUUAAACAGUGCUGUGGAGAAUGGGUCCUGUUGUGUUGGUCUUGCUUUUGAGUAUAGUUUAUAAAGAUCUCUGUGCCUGUAAUUUUACAACCAGGCGAUGAGCUGAUGCAAAGUAUAUAACUCAUCGAGGUUGGGGAUGAUAAGGUGAUAUUAACCAUUUUCUUUUGACUUGACUUGUGGAAGGAUAGUAACACAAGAUGUGGUCUUCUGUGAUUUUUCUCACUUUUUCUGCUGAACAUGGCCUGAGCUCAUCUGAAGCCAAAGUCACUUUUAUCCUCUUCUGAAAGAAUUUGGGAAUUAAUACCAGAAACGUUAUCCAAAAUGAGUUCUGCCUAUCCGACCCAGCAUAAGCAUUUCCUUUUCCCCAUCUGAGGAUUUCUUUGGUCUGCUUCUUUCACAGGGACUGAGCUGCAAACGAUUGAUUUUCUGCUUUGUCUAAAAUGGCCUCCUCCUCCUCCCCGGCUGCACCCAUUUGCCAACUCUUCUCUCAGAGUCCUGGGCAGCAGAGUUGAAUCCUUCCCUUAAGUUCACAGGAAACCAUCAAACGGGAAACGCUUUACAUCAAAGGAUGCUAAUCUUUACCCAAGCAGUACUGCUACAGCCACAGUUAUCUGCAAGAUACAUCAUGAAGUACCCGAAGAAGGCUCAAACUCAACUUUCUUGCUUGAGAAACCAUAGAGAUGAGCCAAUCUUGUUUCAGUUUAUCGAUGCUGCAGGAAGUUGGUGGCUUUUUCUUAGCCCUUUGGUGUUUUGCUGGUACCCCCUCGUCCCCAAUCUAGAAGCCUCAUGCAUAAAGGAUGACAACAGUUAUGCAGAUGCAUAGAAUAUUUGUAUUAGGCCUCUGCACGUCCACCCUCUUCCAGCACUCUUUCCUCUUCUCUCAAAGGUGCUUUUUCAAGAGGCCACCGGACUUGCAUUUCGCUCCUCAUCCAAGAAAGCGUCAUCAGUUCUGACUCAGAACUAAUGAUGCUUUUUGGAUGAGAAGCGAAAUGUUUUCUUCCUCAAAGAAAAAAAAAACGUAGUCCGGUUGCCUCUUGAAAAAAGCACCGUUGAGACAACCUGGAUGACACAGGAUUGCCAUAGACCAGAGUUUUCAAAUUUGGCAGCUUUAAGAUUUGUGGACUUCAACUCCCAGAAUUCUCCAGCCAGCUGGCUGGAGAAUUCUGGAAGUUAAAAGUCCACAAGUCUUAAAGCUGCCAAGUUUGAAGACCUCUGCCAUAGACACUCCAUCCUCUUGUUUUUGGAAUUGAGAAAAAAAUCACAUAGGUCUCCCUGCAUUUAGAAAUCGGUGCUUGUAAGGGCCAGCCUCUUAGCCCUGGCACCGAGACUUCCCAUUGCUCAAAAUUCCCGCUUUUCUGCUGCCUUUGAAGGCACCUGCAGCCUUGAAAUCUUUGAAGAAGUAAGUGCGUUGAAUUAUUUCCAAUUCUUAAAAGCACCACUGACCUCUUCCAGAAUGUUGGCCACACCAUAUCGGGCUGCAGAGAGAAUCAGUUCCCUUCUUCGAUGUGCAAAGCUGCUCUGGCAUCUUCCCACAUGCCUUUUACCUGAACCCAGGUAGCCUGCGUUUAUCCCUUUCCCUCUCCAUCAGAAUCAGCCAGCCUUGCAGAGCUUGGCUCCCUGGAUUUCAAAAGCAACUCCCCCACCCCCCUUUGCAAAAGGCCUGUUCCCAACCUGUAUAGAUAACUAUAUAUAGAUCUAGAGAAAGAUAUAUACUCCCUAUUGUGUGGGAAUUGGCAAUGUCCUGUCACGUGUCUGUUCCUUUCUCCGCAGUUAACUGGGGCUGCUGCUCUCUCUCUCUCCCUUUUUCCUCCAGCCACUGCUGUCGUGGUGUUCUUUGAAGAUGCACUGGAAAACUACUCUCUCUGGAGAUUAGGGAUUUAAAAAAAUAAAAUAAGAAAAAAAUAGGAAAAAAAAGCAUCAAUGUUUGUGGGUCGAGAUGGCGGUUUUGGGGGAAAAUAACCUUGUGAACGACACUGUUCGCUUUCCCCUGCCUUCUCUGUGAUUGUGUAUAAUACUUGAGUGUGUGUCUCGGGGUCUGCUGUCUCCUAGCUGUUAGCCAACUAAGUGACUCUUGAUAUAUGAAUAUUGACUGUCAGACUGCAACUGUGUAUCACACUAAAUAAAUUCAGUUCACCACA